AUGGGAAUGGAGAGAGGGGGCGAUGAGAGAGCAGAACCUCCCUCUAACACUGCAAAUGUUCCAGGGAUUGAUUCUGUAAUGGUACCCAUAUGCCGGACUAAGAUCUUCUCACUGUCCGAACUGAGCGCCUUCCUAGAGAAAAACAAGCACAAGCCCAACAAGUUGGUUGUCAUCCACACAUAUUCACACACACGUGUAGCAGAUGGGGAAGUGGAGAUGGUGGAGAGAAGAAUUGUGAAAGAAAUUAGUCAUGCAAUCUUCCUGGAUGCAGAUUUGGAUGCUGACUGGACAAAGGACUUAUUCUAUAACGACAAUGAAAGAGAAACGAGCAAUUAUUCACAGCAUUUGCUCACACAACUCUGUGGCAUGGAGGAUUUAAUAAAUGAAGGGAAGAAAAGACCUUCAAGUUUGACCCCUCAGCUAGAUUUUCACAAUAAGGGUCUCUUUUCAAAACCUGGGGAUCAGUGA